GCGGGCGCGCACGUCACGCUGCAUGCGGAGAUGUUUGCGUGCAUGGGUGCUUGGUGUUGCUACGCAAGCGAGUGCAACGUGUCUGCUCAGACCACCGAGUCACUGUUCACGUCUGCGGUGCCGUUCUUGAUACCGCACGAUGUACAGGAGCCACCACUUCUCUGCCACGCGGCUGCCCACUUGCUGCUUAGUUUAUCGAAGAACGUAAAGUUCUCCAGAGAUCCCAUGACGCUGCUGGGCGAUCUCUACCAUCACGCGCAGAGAUCAUUACAUUAUUUGGAACCAAAGACAGCAGGAGUGGUCCGGGAGGCGUUAGUAUCGUUAGCGCUGUCAAGAGGCCCGAGCAACUUGGCCGCGAGCGAGGCGGCCAAGACAUUGAUCUCGUCGUGGGCUAACACACUACCAUCCCUGGGGCCGAAGGUGGCUUUGCCGCCGCUCACCACGCUAUUGCUGGCAUUCGCUGACGCCUCAACUCACGCCAAAAAGAUAAUAGCAGAAGGCGUCCAAGUAGCGGCGCAAACAGCGCUACGGAUGCUGUGUGAGCCCGCGUACUCGGCCGCAGAGGCUGAAGUCACGGAGUUCUUCCUGGCGCUGUUCACCGCCCUGCUGCCCCAGCUGGGCAAGUUCGCCUACAUCGCCAUAGACACCUUCUUGGAGGUAGCGCAGAGAGAGUGUGGCGAGAGCGAGGGCAGCGUGGAACGCGUGGUAGAGUGCGUGCGGCUGGGCGUAGAAGCCGGCGGCGGCGGCGUGCGCGUGCGUGCCGUGCUCCAGCUGCUGCACGGACACGUGCUGCCCCGCGCGCACGCGCACGCGCCCGCCCUGGCCCGCGCCGCGCACCGCGCGCUAGCCAGCGUGAUGAUAUAUAGAUGGCGCUACUUCUUCCCGCACCAAUGUGAGACAGAGGAACGCACGCGCAGACUGGACGAGCUCCGCGGCGCACUCACCGCGCUGGGCUCGGCGCUCAUGCAGACAGACAUUGAGCUGCUCAGGAUCGUUCUUAACACCCUCGACGUGCUCAACACUAAAUGGAAAUUGUAUUAUAAGGCGGUGUUCCGCGGCGAGUUCCUGGGGUCGUUCCUGUCGGUGCUGCUGUCGGGGCUGGCGGAGGGCGGCGCCCGCGCGCUGCUGCGGGACGAGGCCGUGGGCUGCGUGCACGCCAUGAGCGUGGUGGACUUCCCGGCCUUCCGCGCCGCCUUCCUGCCGCACUUCCUGGCCGCGCUGCCGCUCGAGCCGCACCACGUGGCCGCACUGGCCGACUUCCCGCCCGACACGGAUCUGCCCACCUUCACUCAAAACAUUCUUCGUCUGAUGAACGACGUGAACUGUUGCCGAGUUUACGGGAAUAUUGCCCUCCCGGCCAUAAGUUCUUAGCCGGGUGUUGUAACUAAAAUGGCGCUGUGAUAUGAAAUAAAUAAAUAUCAACUAUAAUAUCAUAUAGCUGGUAUUUAACACUAU